CAACCUCCAUAAUAUCUCUAGCAUCUUCCACAGCUACUGUUUUAAUUCAGGACUUCACUUCUUUUCUAGGCUCUUAUUUUUGUUUUUGUUUCAAAAACCCUUACCUUCUGUCUUAGAAUCAAUACUGUGUAUUGGUUCCCAGGCAGACUAGCAGUAAGGGCUAGGCAAUGGGGGCACUAAGUGACUUGCCCAGGGUUAUAUAGCUAGGAAGUGUCUGAGGCCAGAUUUGAACCUAGGACCUCCUGUCUCCAAGACUAGCUCUCAAUCCACUGAGUCACCUAGCUACCCCUUCUAGGCUCUUGUAAUUUUCUAAUUCAUCCUCCUGCUUAAUUUUUUCUUCACUCCUCAAUACAGCUGGAAAAGUGAUUUUCUCCCAGUGCAGAUUUGAUCAUGUCACUCCCUUGCUCGGCAAACACUACUGGCUCUCCAUUGCCUCUCGGAUAAAACUUAAAGAAACUAGUCAGUUUAGGUUUUAAAGCCCUUUGCUGUGAUUUUCCAGCAUCUGCAUGUUACUCUCUUUAUUCUUCUGAGCCAGUGAAAACUGGCUCUUUUCAUUUCACACAUGACCUUCCUUCGCAUGUCUCCAUUCCUCUCCCAGGGAGGUGAUGGAAGGGAGUGUGUUUUAAUAAGGGUCGUCUUUCUCCUGGAGCUUUGCUUUCAGAACCAAGUUAGUAUGGAAGAGAAUGCUAGUGGGGGUGGGGAGAGAGGUGGACAGAAAGGGCGAGCGUAGUGAUGACGGAUCUGAGCUUUCCAAUAUGUUCCUUUUCUUGUAUUCACAGUGUUUUCUGAUGUGCCAGUAGACAACCCACCACUCUGGCUGGAGGAGAAAUUGAAGCUUUAGGGCAGGAGCCUCAAGCCUAACUACUUGGUGCUGACAACCCAGAGAAAGGAUAUUUGGACCGAACCGAGGACCAUGGAUUCGAAAAAGCUUCAGAAGGUGAAGAAAGAAGAAAAUCAGGAGGGACAGAAGUCUGCCCAGCAGAAGAACAUCAGCCCUGAGCAGGAACUCUCCCGCCAGCAGUUCAGGCAGCUGCGCUACACAGAGACCGCCGGACCCACCGAAGCCCUGAUCAGACUUCAGGAGCUCUGCCAGUGCUGGCUGAGACCCGAUGUCUGCACCAAGGAAGAGAUCCUGCAGCGUCUGGUCCUGGAGCAGCUACUGACCAUCCUGCCUGGAGACAUCCGGACCUGGGUCCAGUUACAUCAUCCCGUGAGUGGAGAAGAGGUUGUGGCUCUUGUGAAGGAUAUAGAGAGCCACCUGGAUGGAUGGGAGAAGAAGGUCACCCAGACCCACGAACAGGCCGUGCUGUGGAUGGGGACGGCGCCUCUGGCCUCACAACAGGAAUUGCCUUCUGUUCCCCAAUCUGGAUCCGGCCCAGAGGCUGCCGGUGACACCGAGGCCGCGUCAGGCCUCCAGGAGCCCCCGAGUGUUCUUCCUCCUCCUCAGGCUCCAGCCCAGGACGGAAGUGAGGGAAGCGAGGCCGAGCCCGCCAAGGAGGCUGUGCCCAGGGUGAGCUGGCCGAAGGAACUGGUGAUGUUUGAGGAUGUGGCUGUGUACUUCCGGAAGGAGGAAUGGGCAGGUCUGGCCCCCACCCAGAGGGCCCUGUACAAGGACGUGAUGCUGGAGAAUUAUGGGAACGUUGCUUCUCUGGUGCCGUGUCCCAAGCCUCGCGUGAUUUCUAAGCUGGAGCAGUCUGGGGAUCUACAGGGAAGUCUGUUCAGAGGACACAGGAUCCCUCGUGUAGGUGGCAAAGCCAGACUUGAGAAAGAGAAGGUGAAGGUGACUGUGAAGCAGGAAAUUCCAGAAGAAUCACCAGCACCACCAUUGGGAGGUGUCCAGAGUAAUGUUUCUGAUCAGCCUGAAUUUAGCGUACCUUGUGAACAGACGGCUAGGUGGGAGAAGCAGUGGGGAAACCCCACUCAGGAAAGAGAGAAGGUAGAAGAAAGAAAUUCUAAGUACAUGGUAGUCAAGGAUGCAAAAACUACCACAGAGGAGACAGGUGAGAAUUUGAGGAGUCAUAUGAGCUCAAGCCUUAGUGUUGAUGAAAACAUUCCUAACCAAGAGGAAGUCUAUAAAUAUGACUGUGACACAGACUUCAAACAGAGUGAGGAAAGUGUUGUUAAAUGUGAUGAGGAGGGGGGAGCUGCCAGCCCUAUGCCAGUGUCAGGGCUUAUUCAACAAAAUUGUUUGCCAGAGAAUGAACAGCCCCCUCAAGAUUGUCAGGAUUAUGGGGCUGGCCUUAAUGAGAUUUCUGAUUCCCUUGUUCAUCAGGGGACCCACACUAAUACACAGGUGUCUGAACCUAAUAAGUACAAGAAAGCUUUGAGGAACGCAUCAGUCUUUAAUCCAGAUGCGAAUAUCCAAGUGAGGCCUCAAGAUUGUCAGGAUUAUGGGGCUGGCCUUAAUGAGAUUUCUGAUUCCCUUGUUCAUCAGGGGACCCACACUAAUACACAGGUGUCUGAACCUAAUAAGUACAAGAAAGCUUUGAGGAACGCAUCAGUCUUUAAUCCAGAUGCGAAUACCCAAGUGAGGCCAAAUAAUUAUGAAUGCCAACAGUGUGGGAAAACUUUUACAAGAAAAGGAAAUCUUAUUGAUCAUGAGAGAAUUCACACUGGGGAGAGACCCUAUAGUUGUAAUGAGUGUGACAAAUCAUUUUCAAGGAGCAGAUCCCUGGUUUCUCAUCAGAGAGUUCACAUGAAGGGCAAACUCCAUGAAUGUAAGGAUUGUGGCAAAACUUUUACCACAAACAGGAGUCUAGUUUCUCAUCAGAGAAUUCACAGUGGGGCCAAGGUAUAUGAGUGUAAAGAUUGUGGGGAAACUUUUACAAGGAAUAGAAACCUUGUUGUUCACCAAAAAACUCACACUGGGGAGAAGGAAAAACAUGAAUGUGAAGUGUGUGGGAAAACUUUUACAAGGAAUAGAAACCUGAUUGAACAUGGGAGAAUCCACACUGGUGAGAAACCCUACACCUGUAAUCAGUGUGGGAAAGCUUUUGUUCGUAAGUCCUAUGUUUUGAUACAUCAUAGGACUCAUAGCAGGAAAAAACCAUAUACAUGCAUGGUGUGUGGGGAAGCCUUUAUGUGGAAGUCGGGCUAUUCUCGGCAUCAGUUAACUCAUACCAAGGAGGAAUUGGAAGAAGUUAAUGAGUAAAGAACUUUUUGUCUUGGGUCUAACAUUCAACUCCAGGGAAUUUAUAGUGAUAAGAUGUUAUAUGGGUUAUGGGACAACUUUCAUUGUAAGAAAAAUCUAAUUGACUAUUGGAGAAUUCACAUUAUAGAGAAAUGCUAGGAAUGAAAAUAGUGUGGUACAACUUUUAAAGGAACUAGAACUCUUGUUGAUCAUUUAAUUCAUAAUGAGGAAAAGUAAGGAGUUGAAAGAGGGGGGGGGGGGGAGGGAAUUAAAAAAAAAACAAACUUGUUGAGUACCAGGGAGAAAUAAAUGUUAUUUUGGGAAAGCCUA